AUGACUGUAUCGCCCAACCCAGUCAAGAGUUCUACCUAUCUCGAGGCCGUAAAGCACCGUCGUACUGUGUAUGGCGUCACCGACAACGUCUCAGUCUCGGACGACCGCAUUAUCGAGAUUGUAAAUGAAGUCAUCCAAACCUUACCUUCAUCAUGGAAUAUGCAGAGCACCCGCAUUCUAGUCACCCUCGGCAAGGAGCACAAGAAGUUCUGGGACGCCGUUAUCGCUGCUGCAAAGCCAUAUAUCCUCGAACAGCAAAGCCAAGAGGAUUGGAAGCGCAACGAGGACCGUUUCCAGUCAUUCCGCGCUGCCUACGGUACAAUCUCCGUCUUUGAAGACCACACUGCCAUCGAGAAACUGCAUGAGAAGUUCUCCAAGUUCCCCCUCACCGUCUUUGAGGGCUUCGCCGAGCACUCCAAUGCCAUGCAUCAAAUCACGCUUUGGACUGCCCUUGAACUCGAAGGUCUUGGUGCUAGCCUGCAGCACUCACACUUUGUGCCUGGCGUAGAGGACGGUAUCAGAUCUGCAUUUGACAUUCCAUCUACGUGGUCUGUCAAGGCAGAGAUCGUGUUUGGCGCCUUGUCAGGCGAGAGGCCGACUGCACCGGGGAAAGAGCCUGUCUCCAAUACUGUGAAGAUCUUCAAAUAA